AUGGCCAACUUCCGCCAAUUCCGCCCAGAUGACCUCAACAAAUUCUCAAAGUGCAAUCUCGACCCCUUUACGGAAACAUACGAACUUGGAUUUUACUUGCAGUACCAUGCAAAGUGGCCAUCGCUCUUCCAGGUCGCCGAGGAUCAGCAUGGCAACAUAAUUGGAUACAUCAUGGGCAAACUUGAGUCCUCACCAGACUACUACAAGUUCUCAGAGCACUACCUCCCCUGGCACGCUCACAUCACCGCAGUCACCGUAGCGCCCGAGGCUCGUCGUCUGGGCAUUGGCAAGAUGCUUACGGAGCAGCUAGAGGCCGCUGCUGACGCCAACGAUGCCUGGUUCGUCGAUCUGUUUGUGAGAAGCACCAACCACAAGGCCAUCCAGUUCUACAAGAGCAUGGGCUACAGCAUCUUCCGCACCGUCAAGGACUACUACGGCGACCACUCGAGCGACCCGACCAAGUCGUCGGAGGAUGCCUACGAUAUGCGCAAACCCAUGAAGAGAGAUGUCAAGAAGGAGCACAUUCGGGAAGAUGGCGAGAAGUUCGAGGUAGACCCGAGCGAUGUGUGGUGAAAAGAUUCUCUCACUGGAAAGAAGACAUGGUCAUUCCACUCAUGCUUGCCCGGGUGCUGUUGAGGCUGCGACUCGUCAGGGUGCUACCAACAUGAUACAUCAACAGAUGCAGAAACGACAAGUUGGAGCGCCACAGAUGCCGAUAUUAAUCCAGCUGCUUCUGACCAAGCAUUAGGCAUGCGUAGCAACAGGAGAAGAGAGGAUUUCG